AUGACUCGGAUAUGGCCGGUCGUCGGGAAACAGCUACUAUUUGCACUGAAGACAGCACUCUACAUGAAGGAGGGUUCGAAAUCAGUGGAGCCACCACCGACGCCAAUUAAUAACGCCAGCCUCCGACUUAAGUCUCGGGACGACCAAUUGGAGGCCACAAUUCAUGGCUCGCCCACAUCACAGCUACAAAUCGCAGAAGCAUUAGUCUGGCUGGGAGCAGUAUGUCGAGCGUCAUCUCAUGCUUCGAGGACAGCAUGCUGUUCAGCUGAGCUGGCAGUAUCCGGCGAGAGUGCUGCUAUGAAGGUGUCGUACUGGUACACGCUCCGCGACGUACCUCCUCCAGCUUGCGAAAAGCAGUCCGGGCCUUUGUCGAGAAAUCCAGCAAAUACCACGAAAGCGCCUGGCAUAGAUGAUCGGCACGCCUCAGCCUUAUGCUGGCUGUCGCUAGUCCGCAAUCCCAACGUAGCCCUCGGGUACCUAGUCGCACGGCGCAAGAACAAGGAGCGCGGUCUUGAAAUCCCGCUUGCAAUAUUGAUCACACUAUCCACAGCCAACCGCGCUGCCAUCUUCAACUGCGUCACUGUCAUCAAAAGCUUCGGCUCACUGCUGGUCGCCACUCGCCAGGUGGAUGGCUCAGCUUGCUGGCACUACAUCUUGGACGAUCCACUGAGACCUGUGUCCUACGCCAAAGCUCCAGGGUGCACGACGGAAGAUACUAGGGGAGUUUUCGAAACUCUCCAGGAUUCUCGACAUUUUGUUGGGUGGUCCGAAGUCACCACAACAUCUAUAGGGACCAAGGAUUGCAACUACGACAUCGGUCACACUGGGAUCAAUCACUCCCAGGCUGGACUCGGUUUCGAUGGGGUUACGGUUAGCGCAAACAAGUAUAUCUCGGUGGCCACAAAGAUAGUACCGGGCAUCAAAGACACUGUGCUAUUCCAUAAAGUGCCAGACAAUUACAGGAUGCAGCUCAAAUCGGCAGAAACCAUGCGCGUGGUCCUCUACGACCCGAGCGUACCUCUCUUCACACCACGAGACAUCCGCCGAGCACCGCAGAUCAUUGAGACUGUGGACAAUAUCGCUUCCGGUGUCCUUCUUGAACCCGGGAACAGGACGUUGAAUUUAGAUCAGGAUGACGACUGCCCAGAGUCGGACCAGAGAGCAGGAAGCAAUAAUCAAGCCUCGAGCAAUGCAAUGCCCUAUCAACACCUUGUGGUGCACUUCUACGAGCUUCUAGCCGAGAUACAAGGGCAUUUCGAUCUUAUGCACAGGUCGCAGAAGCUGAACAUAGGGCUGAUUCGCAACUGGGGGGUAAACACUCUUGAGGGUGUCGACUUUGCUGACCUCAUGAAACUGCACACAGUCAUGGAGCCACGCACCAUUGCGUUUCAAGAGUCGGCGAAGAUGUGGCUUCCGAUGACUGAACACAUGAGUGCAAUGCAACACUUCGGCUCGGGAUUUGGCGAGGUCAUCAAGGCACCUCACACUUGUGCUGGCUAUAGGCAGGUACCCUACGGGCUAGAUCUUCUGGCGUCUUCGGCAAAAUUACUCAACACUGUGGCCGCUCAAUUGGGCGGUGGUCAUGCCCAUAGUCUGCGGAUAGCUGAAAAAGCGUGGUGGAAUAUGCCCUUGGAGGUCUUUGAGCACAAACCCUGCUGUGCCUCCUGGCCGCAAUCUACGAAGAGCACACUAAGUCCGCAUCACGUUCUCCACCCUGAGGAAUUGCACCCACAGCCUCCACGCGUACCUAGAUCACUUUCACUCUCCGAGCAUCUGAAUUUGUACCCUUUUGCAGCUGUCAUCCUAGGCAGCAAGGCUCGAGUUGGCAAGACACCGGCUGUGAGACCGACCAUCGAAAUCGGUGGCUCGAUAUGGCCUACGCAAGCUACUGAACCCAACACUGUUCUAAGUAGUGCAACAAGCACUGAUAUGACUAUCUUGGCACGCUCAUCGACCUCGACUCUUGGCGCCGGAAAUGCCAGUACUGCUGCAACAUCUGAAUACGACCCAGGGAAUCUCCAUGAUGCGCCGUACGAUGGAAGCAAUAAUCAUAAUGGCCAAGAUCUGAGUGCUAUCAGCGAUGAAGCUCUAUGGGCUGAGAUAGCACGACGGGCGCCACCUAGUUUCAAGGAGACCGAAGGUAUAGAUGAAGAUCAUUCGCAGCCGAAACGGGCUGGAGAUGAACUUCUUGCUGAGCGGCGUGUCAAGAUGAGGAGACUGCGAGUCCAGCAGCCUCAGGUGAGGCGCAGAAGUGGAGGCGCAGAUCUUGGAGAGCAGUACAGAAUGGGCGAGCGCUGA